GCUAAAAGCAUGUUACUAGCGAUCAACACACUGCUGCAUGCCAACGGAUGUCUAACACUCAAGGACCUGUACGAAGAAUACUCCCUGCCGUUGGUGUAUAUACAAAAGAUGAUAGAGGAUGACAACGGAGCAAAUGUGGAAUGUAUCCUGGACAUCACACAUGGGUGGUCGUUCAUGCACACAGCCCAAUACACAGAACAAAUAGCAUAUCGCAUUAAAGACGCGCUGAAAGAUUUGACUAAACCCACCCAGCUCAAGCUAGUCUUCAAACAAGUCGAUACCAUCCCGGCCAUUUUUCAAAGCACCCUCAGACAGUUGGUAACGUCGGCAGCAGUCGAGGGUAGUGUAAAGGGGCCGUAUGACUCAUCAGGCAUGUAUAUCCCUACGGCGUUUAGGGACUACCAGCGCUCAUGGACAUCAGAGUUCUUUGGACAGAACGGAUAUCUAGAUUUCAGGGAAAUGAAAGCCAUGCUAAUGGACGACCCAGCAACACACACCGCUGCGCUGCCUGGUCACGUGCUUGGCCACGUGUUCGUUGGACUGGGUAUACUGGCCAAGGUAGACUGCGCCUGUGACGAGGCACUCUCCACACAGGGCUUCUACGAUUUAAUGGUACGGUAUGGGUAG